AUGUCGCGGACAAGAGUUUUGCUCGUCGGUGCCGCCGGUGAAACUGGUGGUUCCAUCGCCAACGGUUUGCUGGAGAACCCGGUUUUUGAACUCUAUGCUCUCGUCCGUCACCGCUCCGUCCAGAAACCCGCCAUCGUCUCUCUGCAGGAACGAGGUGUCCAGAUUCGCAAAUGUGACCUGAAGGGCCCCGAAGAGGCCCUCGCCAAUGCUCUCCAGGGUAUCGACAUUGUCAUUAGCUGUGUCGGUCCGGCCGAGCAGCAAGACCAGAUCCCUCUCGCCAAAGCCGCAAAGAAGGUUGGCGUCAAGCGUUUCGUUCCUUGCGGUUUCAUCACGGUCGCCCCUGCCGGUGGAAUCAUGUGGCUAAGAGAUGAGAAAGAAACCGUCUACAAUCACAUUAAGCAACUCUACCUGCCCUACACCAUCGUCGAUGUCGGCUGGUGGUACCAGCUCUCCUACCCUCGUCUUGAAUCUGGCCGGGUCGACUACGCCAUGACCACAGCCAACAAUGAGCUCGUGGGUGACGGUGAAAUUCCGACCGCCAUCACAGACCUGAGAGACAUUGGUCGCUACAUGGCCCGCAUCAUCCUCGAUGACCGCACUUUGAACAAGAUGGUUUUUACCUACAACACUGUUGUCACCCAGAACCAGAUCUACGACAUUCUCGAGGAGAUCAGUGAGGAGAAAAUCAACCGCAACUAUGUCUCGGAGGAAAUGGUCUACAAUCGGGUUCUCGCAGCUAGGCAGUCCAGUGAAACAUACCCCUUCGACCCUGUCAAGUUCAUCCCCCGCUAUCUUGCCGAAUACCAGCUGUCAUGGGGUCUCCGUGGUGACAACACCCCCGACUUUGCCAAGUACUUGGGUUACCUGACCUCCAAGGAACUCUACCCUGACUUCCAACCUACCGAUUUCAAGGAUUAUCUCCGGAGUGUGGUUGGUGGUACGGCCAAGGGUGUCUAUACCGAUCGGAUUAUCUCCAGAGCCCACCAGCGGGCAUUCCCUCGAUCCGAGUCGAGCGACUCUCUAUACACUCGCAUUUUCCCUCGAACCGAAUCUAGUGAUUCCCUUUACAUGUCCAGGUAG